AUGAGCUCAGCUCCAGCUGGAGAUGCUGACCGAUCCACCGACGGAAUCCAUGCCGGAUUUCCCACGCAUGCGCAUGCGGGGCGUACACAUCUGUCUCCCCACCCCAGCGCGCGGGCGAGGCGCCGUGAUCCGGACCCGCCCGCCGGGGUCAGCCCUCGAGGGGAGAUUGUCGGAUGGGGUCGCCCCCCGUUCCAUCAUCUCCUCCCUCCCCCCCACAACAUCAAAGGCCAUUCGAUCUCAGCUCGGUCGACGGGAAGGAGCGCUGUGGCCCAGGCGGCAGUGGGGCCCAGUUUCGAUCAGACACAUACAAAUCGGUUCCCCCGACACAGAUUUUCGGCGGGAAGACACGGCGUCUCCAGUCGGGACGUGUCGGUGCCUCAUGCCUGCAACGUGAGCCGCGUCGCGGCGGUUGGGUCUGCCGGUAUCGGUGGGCACCCGGGAAGCUUCCUCCGCAGUCACGGCUGGUCGCGAGGCGACGGGCAUCCCGGCCCCUCGAGACCGCCAACCGCGCCGCCUCGUCGCGACCCGCGACCCUUUUCCAUGCCCGGACGAGCUCCUCCGGUGUGGUCUAGGGCGCCAUCGGCACCGCCGGUGGCCCCUUCGACCGCCGGUCAGCUUGAGCGUUCGCGGCGCAUCUGCCCCCACCCUCCUCCACCGGCGGGACGGGGCAUUCCCGGGGGAAAGGCCGGCCCGGAAUCCGCUGCUCGCCAGCGUGUCCGGGGCGGUGAUCCUCCAUCGGAGGGACCGAUGCGGCAGCCCGUGUUCGCCCUCGCGGGCCGGCACACGAUCCUGCCGCGGACCGUCCUCUGA